UUUAUAAACAACUGUGAAGUUCGUUCAAUUCAUUUUUAAGAUUUGAGGUUAGGAGAGGUUAUGUUGUAAGUUAUAAAAAUGAGUGUUCUUCCAAUUGUUAUUGAAUUUGGGGGUGGAGCUGAAUUAUUGUUUGAUAAUAAAAAGAAACAUACCGUGGAGUUACCGGCGAAAGAUAAAAGUUGGAUAAUUGGCGAUUUGUUAUUUUGGAUUAAAGAUAAUCUUUUGAAGGAAAGACCUGAAUUAUUUCUUCAAGAUGACUCAGUACGACCUGGAAUAUUAGUGUUGGUAAAUGAUGUGGAUUGGGAAAUCAUGGAUACAGUUAAUUAUAAGAUAGAACCAAACGAUAGGAUAGUUUUUAUAUCAACACUUCAUGGAGGUUAAAUUUAUCUCAUUUUUAAAAAUUCUUUUUUAUUUACAAUA